AUGGAGACCAGUCCGAUGAGAUCAAGGGUGGGUGGUGGGCAGGUAGGUGCGGGUGGUGCUACUGGUGGUGGGACGACGACGCCUGGGGUCAAGUGGGGCAACAAUUCCUGUGAUCAGUCAUUCCUCUGCUGCCUCUUCCACUUCCUCAAGCUCCUCCUCCCCACCCCACCACGACUUCCAGCCCCCCCUCGAACCCUCCCCCCACAAUCCCCCACCCAGAUCCUCCACUCCCUCUCCACCUCCCGCCGCGUGAUCCUCAACGUCGGGGGCAUCCGCCACGAGGUGCUAUGGAAAACCCUGGAGCGCCUCCCGCACACCCGCCUCGGCCAGCUCCGCGAGUGCACCACCCACGAGGCCAUCCUCGAACUCGCGGACGACUACAAUCUCCAAGACAACGAAUAUUUCUUCGACCGCCACCCAAAAUCGUUCAGUUCCAUUUUAAACUUUUACCGAACUGGGAAAUUACACUUAGUGGAUGAAAUGUGCGUCCUAGCUUUUAGUGAGGACUUGGAGUUUUGGGGCAUUGACGAGUUGUAUCUCGAGAGCUGUUGUCAACAUAAAUAUCACCAAAGGAAGGAGCACGUCUACGAGGAAAUGAGGAAAGAAGCAGAGUCGCUAAGGCAACGGGAUGAGGAGGACUUUGGCGAGGGGCCCUGUGCGACUUAUAAAAAAUACGUGUGGGAUUUGCUGGAGAAACCGGAUUCGAGUUGUCCCGCGAGGGUCGUGGCUGUAAUCUCGAUCCUGUUCAUCGUGAUGUCCACCAUCGCCCUCACACUGAACACGAUGCCGGACCUCCAAGCGUACGAGUGCACCAACGAGAACGCCACGAUCUGCAAGAACGCCUUUUCCGAGCAGGAAGAGUUUUUCGCGAGGGGCUCCCCCGCAGCGGAAUUCGCGAAUAUGACGAAUCCCAAAACGAAUAAAAUAGAGUAUAAGGACUUGGUCCCCGUGGAGAAUCACUAUUUGGCAAUGGUGGAGGAGGUCUGCAUCACGUGGUUCACACUGGAGUAUGUUUUGAGGUUGGCGGCCAGUCCGGACAAGUGCAAGUUUCUGCAGGGGGGGUUGAACAACAUUGAUCUGUUGGCCAUUUUACCUUAUUAUAUUUCGCUCUUUCUCAUCCAGAGCAAGAAGCACACGGGAGUGACGGGGGAUCAGUUUGCGGACGUGCGUCGAAUCGUCCAAGUGUUUAGGAUAAUGCGUAUCCUGCGUAUAUUUAAAUUAGCUCGUCAUUCGACGGGGCUCCAGUCCUUGGGUUUCACCCUCAAAAACUCUUACAAAGAGCUCGGCCUCCUGAUGCUCUUCCUCGCCAUGGGCGUCCUCAUCUUUUCCUCCCUCGCUUAUUUCGCGGAGAGGGAGCAGAUCGACUCCACCUUUGAGUCCAUUCCGGCCACGUUCUGGUGGGCGGUGAUCACCAUGACGACGGUGGGCUACGGGGACAUGUAUCCAAAAACGAAUAUAGGGAAGAUGAUUGGGAGCGUGUGCUGCGUUUGUGGGGUGCUCGUCAUCGCCUUGCCCAUUCCGAUCAUCGUGAAUAACUUUGCAGAGUUUUACAAGAACCAGAUGCGGAGGGAGAAGGCGCUGAAGAGGAGGGAGGCCCUGGAGAGGGCCAAGAGGGAGGGGAGUAUUGUCAGUUUUAGACAUGUCAAUUUGAGGGAUGCCUUCGCUAAGUCCAUGGAUUUGAUCGAUGUUAUUGUUGAUACUGGCCACAACAUGUCCCAAGCGGACGCGAAUUCCAUGGAGGGCGACACGCGAGACAAGCCCACAACAACAGGGACUGGUUGCUAUAAGAACUACGAUCACAAUUUAUUCCUAAGGGCGAAGAAGAAUUCCAAGCGGGGCAGUAACCAUGGCGACGAUGGCCUCGAUUUAGAAGAGUUUGAUCAUUCCCAACAACUAAUUUUAACCACCACGUCGUCACAGCAACCAGCACAUCAACCACUUGAAAACACUACGGAAGAGAAUUUAAAAGUCAUGGAAACGAGAUUAUUGAAACUGGAGGACGAGUCCUCGGAGGAGCCCUCGUCGCGGCAGCAGCCAGCGAGGCUGCUUUCGAGCACGGAGAAAGGCUCCAUGGACAGCUCGGACACGUUCCAAAGCUGCCAAACGCACCCUUACGCUUCGUCCCAGGAGGACGUGCUGGACAACGUCAACAAUUUGUAUGUGAACCCCUUUGAGGGGGGCAGCAAACAGGCACAGCAGGGGGGGCAAGGGGGCGGUGGGGAUAAGGGGAGCACGGGGAGUUUGUUCGCGUUGUCAACGGGUGGGGUGAGGAAUAAGGUCAGGAAGUCCGGGUCCGGGGAGUUCAGCAGGAAUAAUCGGGAGCCCUCCACCUCACACCCCUCACAACAACAACUCCGGAGCAGCAGUAUUAAAGAUCGAUCACAACCACCGCCACCGCAUCAUCACCAUCAGCAACAGCAAAGCAAUAAUAACAAUAAUAACAAUAAUAGUUCUAAUAAUUCUAAUAAUAACCACCAACAACCAGCGCCGGGUUUCCUGCGCCACCAGCCACCGCCGCCACACCCACUGCAAUCACAGCCACACCCACUCACGCAGCCUCCUCCCACGCAGCAGCAGCAGCAGCAGCCAGCAGCAUCUUCGUUCCUGCCUCACAAAAAAAUCCUCGCUUCCUCCGCUAAACUGAUCAAUCAGCAUCUUUUCGGUUCCACGAGGAGCACAUCACCACCUCCUCCUGCAACCCCCCACCACCACCACCACGGUCACCCCCAACAACCGGUCCCCACGUCGAGCGUCCACUCUGGCGCCUCCACCGCCGGCAACGCAUCUGCUGCUCCCACGAAGAGGAAGCCGAUUUUGAAAAAGUCUGAGAAAUUGGUCGACUCGGAAACGGAGCAGCUCUUGUCCUCCGCCUCCUCCGCCAACUCUAGCACUUUCAACUCUCCCAUGAAAAUCACCUCCGAACGGCUCAACCCUCCCAGGAAAAAUGCCUCCCCCGAAAAACACCAAAAGAACCGCCACCCCACCCACCCCACCCCCACCUCUCAUCACCAAAGUUACCAUGGCAACCGAACGCCCUCGACGUCCUCCUCCACGAACGUGUCCUCUUCCUCGACGGUGAUCCCCGCCCCCGUGGACGACAAAUUACUAAAGCAACUUUUACUCGACGAUCAGGAUUUGCUAUUUGCUGAUGAAUUGUAUUCUACAAAAUUUUAAUGAAUUCUUGCUUAAAAAUUAAAUAUAAAAAUUUAUCCACCCACUUUUUCCAUCCUGACCCCUGACCCACUCUCAUCCUGACCCACCCAAAAAUAAUCAACUAAUAAUAACUUAAAAAAAUCCAUCCAAAUCUUGAACCUUUCUCUCUUUAAAAAAAACCACACCACCUCCGCCGCCGCUUUUUAAAACGAUUCCAAGGAAACGAAAUGACGGAAAAAGUUUUUUCUUGCUCAAAAAAUACCCUUUAUAUAAAAAAUAAACAAUCAUUCCUUGUUGUUAUGGUAAAAUAAUUAU